AGUGCUUGAAUAUUAUUUCUACAAGCUGAAGAAUGAUGCAUGUGACACGUGAAAUUUGAUAAAUUGUUUGACAAUACACACAGUGUGAAACUACAUGAUCGAUUGGUUGGUGUUUGAACCUUUUUGUGUGAGGAGAAUAUUUGUUUAUUUUUAAGUAUGUUGCGUCGUGGUUUCUUCAUCAUUCAAAGCGUUGUUGGUCGCCUUAUUUGCAGGACAAGUUGAUGGGUAGAUAUCCCACGGUAUGUUUGUUUACAGUCGUGCUCCCUUCUAAUUGGCUCAAAGACCCGUCUCUGCAUAAUCAGGACCAAUGGGGACAUGGGGGCUGAUCUUGGAGCUUGGGGCAGAAGAGAUCCUGGUGUUCCCGGAUGCGAUUAGUAUGCUCACGUGGCCAAGUCAGAACACCACACCCCUGUGUUUAAAAUCACUGUUGUGAUCAUAGACUGUAUAAAGAAUUAUUAUUAUUAUAUUUAUAUAUACAGUAUGGUUGUGAUGUGGUGAACUGGCACAAACAGCUCCUUUAGUUGGGCAUUUAUUAGGAGUUUUCCCGUCUCCCGAUUGUUGUUACUAGGCUGGUUUUACUUAAAACUCUUUUGCUAUUGAGGUAGAUUAUCAUUAUGCCUACAAUGCAAUGUUAUUAAACAUGUAAACAUAGACAACUUUUGUGCUUAUUAAUAGGAAAUUAUUCACCACAUUAACCACCACAUAUUGACACGUUUCUCUAUCAUGUUUAUAAUCUUCUACUGGAACAGACCUGAAACUUAAAUUCCCCCCCCCCACCAAUGACUUAGUGUGUUCUCACUGCCUGUAUCCAAUCAUAAUAGCUCCUCCUUAUUUUCAGUCACAACAAAAGAGCAGAGCCUUGGUGAAAAAGUUUUACAUGACUUCCUGGGCUCACUGCUGUUUGGUUGUUAGACAAAUACCUCUAGAAAAAUGGCAGAGGGUGGGUUUGAUCCAUGUGAAUGCAUAUGCAGUCAUGAACAUGCCAUGAGACGACUUCUCAACCUGCUUCGGCAGUCUCAGUCCUUCUGCACAGACACAGAGUGCCCUCAGGAAUUACCAGGUCCCGGUGGGCCGAAUGGGCAGAAUGACUUCACCUUGCAGAUGGUGGUCAUUGGAUGGGUAGUACUGGCACUGCUGCUGUUUCUGUUACGACCAUCGAGUCUCAGAGGUUCUCCACCCACAGACAAAUCCUUUGGACCUUCCAAUAAUGAUAGCCAAGAACCUCCUGCACCACCAAUAGAUUAGCAAUGAAACCAUAGACUGAAUUGUGCAUUUUUCAACUACAGUAAACCAGGAACUUUUAUCACA